CCCAGGCAGCAUGCGGACACUGGAAGACUCUUCGGGGACUGUCCUGCAUCGCCUCAUCCAAGAGCAGUUGCGCUACGGCAACCUGACGGAGACCCGCACGCUGCUGGCCAUCCAGCAGCAGGCCCUGCAGGGUGGGGCCGGGGCUGGGGGCACCGGGAGCCCUCAGGCCCCCCUGGAGAUCUUGGCCCCCGAGGACAGCCAGGUGCUGCAGCAGGCCAAGAGGCAGGAGCCCCAAGGCCAGGAGCAUCAGGGUGGCGAAGCCCACCUAGCAGAGAACACCCUCUACCGGCUGUGUCCACAACCCAGCAAGGGCGAAGAGCUGCCCACCUAUGAGGAGGCAAAAGCCCACUCACAGUACUAUGCAGCCCAGCAGGCAGGGCACCAGCCACACGUGGGGGACCGGGAUCCCCGAGGGGCCCCAGGAGGCAGUAGCAGGCAAGAUGAGGCCCUUCGGGAGCUGAGACACGGGCAUGUGCGCUCCUUGAGCGAACGGCUCCUGCAGCUAUCCCUGGAGCGGAACGGUGCCCGCGCCUCUGGCCACAUGAGCUCAUCCCACAGUUUUCCGCAGCUGGCCCGCAACCAACAGGGUGUCCCAUCCAGGGUCCCCCCAGCCGAGGGCCCAGAGUCCCGUGGGCCUCCGCCUCAGUACCCGCACCAACUCGUGCCGGCUCAUGAGACUGCUGCCGCUGUCCCCGACCCUCGGUACCGCACCCGCGGCAGCCCCCACUUCCAGCAUGCUGAAGUCAGGAUCCUGCAGGCCCAGGUACCUCCUGUGUUCCUCCAGCAGCAGCAGCAGUACCAGUACCUACAGCAGCCCCAGGAACACCUUCCACCCCCACACCCAGCUGCUCGAAGCCACGGACCCCUCGGAUCCUUCAGCCCCCCUGGGGUGGAGGGGCCAGCUAGCACCCAGGCGCAGAUGGAGUCUUUAUUAAGGGAGAAUGCCAGGCUGCAGAGAGACAACGAGAGGCUACAGAGAGAGCUGGCGAGCUCAGCUGAGAAGGCUGGCCGCAUCGAGAAGCUGGAAGGUGAAAUCCAGCGGCUUUCUGAGGCCCACGAGAGUCUGACAAGGGCCUCCUCCAAACGGGAAGCCCUGGAGAAGACCAUGCGGAGUAAAAUGGACAAUGAGAUGAGGCGGCUGCAGGAUUUCAACCGGGAUCUUAGAGAGAGAUUGGAGUCUGUUAACCGUCGGCUGGCAAGCAAGACACAGGAGGCCCAAGUGGGCAGUCAGGAGAUGGUGGCCAAGCUGCUGGCUCAGAGCUACGAGCAGCAGCAGGAGCAGGAGAAACUAGAGCGGGAAACAGCCCUGCUGCGUGGAGCCAUCGAGGACCAGCGGAGGCGGGCAGAGCUGUUGGAGCAGGCUCUGAGCAAUGCACAGGGCCGCGCAGCGCGCGCAGAGGAGGAGCUUAGAAAGAAGCAAGCGUAUGUGGAGAAAGUGGAGCGUCUGCAGCAGGCACUGGGGCAGCUGCAAGCCGCCUGCGAGAAACGGGAACAGCUGGAGCUGCGGCUGCGCACUCGUCUGGAGCAGGAACUCAAGGCUCUGCGCGCGCAGCAGAGACAGGCAGGCUCCCUGAGUGGUGGCAGUGGAGGAUCCCAGGAGCUCAGCGCCCUGAGGCUGUCAGAGCAGCUGCGAGAGAAGGAGGAGCAGAUUCUGGCUCUAGAAGCUGACAUGACCAAGUGGGAACAGAAGUAUCUGGAAGAACAUGCCAUGAGGCAGUUUGCCAUGGACGCCGCUGCCACUGCCGCAGCCCAGCGUGACACCACCCUCAUCCGACACUCACCCCAGCCCUCGCCCAGUAGCAGCUUCAAUGAGGGCCUGCUAGCCGGCGGCCAUCGGCAGCAAGAGAUGGAAAGCAGGUUGAAGGUGCUUCACGCCCAGAUCCUGGAGAAAGAUGCUGUGAUCAAGGUCCUUCAGCAGCGGUCCAGGAAAGACCCUGGAAGAGCCAUACAGGGCUCCCUGAGGCCUGCCAAGUCGGUACCGUCCUUGUUUGCAACCACAGCAGCAGGCCCUCAAGCCUGGCAUGGACUCUCCUCUGCAGAACAGCAAGUGGAUCCCCUGCCCCGGCUGGCUGCAGCAGAAGAGCCAGGGGCUGUAGCUCCCCUCCCUACUCACGCCAAGCAUGGGAGCAGAGACGGAAGUACCCAGACUGAUGCAUCCCUGGACAGUGCCACCACUGGCCUGGGGACAGAGCCUGACAGUCUUCUGGGCUGCAGCAGGAGCCAGCGGACAUCCUCUCUGGAUUCCGUAGCUCCAUCUCGCGUGCAGGACUUGGCGGACAUGGUGGAGAUAUUGAUAUAAAGGAAGUGGUUCUCCGGAGACCGGCCACCAGGCCCUGAUGUCCUCUGCCUGUGGCACUUAUGGCCACUCCAGCAACCCCUUCAGCUGCUGCAUCCCUACAGUCCUCACUCCUUUUGACUCAUUGGGUCCCAGGAGUUCAGGCAGGAUGCAGGAAGCAACGAGAAACCCGAACCCCAGAAGACCUUGCUCUCCGCCUGUGUCACCCUCCCCUAUAGCCGGAGGUUUGCUGCUAGGUUACAUCUACAGAAAGUUCAGAAAGAAGCUGUGCCUCAGUUGCACCCCUGUUGGUUGAAUAUUCAGGCAAAGAGAGGGAAGCAGUAGGUUGCUAGGGGUUGAUUUCUGAGGAUGAUCACCCAUGGACAUGAGGAAAAUUUGGAAAGCCAAGUCAGCUCUAGUUGUGAACCUCUGCCCAAGCCCACCUCAUUGCUGUGGUCCAUCACUGCCUCUCUGCUGGGUCUUUCGAGGACUAUUGGGGACUCCAGCAGAGAGCCAUAGGCUUGCUUCUUAGUGGUGGGGAGAGGAACGGACUCCCUACCCCUGGGACUUGGCUGCCAUCUGUAGAUGGGC